GUGUCAGUUGGGUUUGAUAAUGCAGAUCCUUUUUUUGACCUGUCUGACUUUAGGCCUGGCUUUAAAACAAAGUUUAGGAGUGUUUUCCGCAUCACAGCUUGACGACUGGAAUGACUCUCAACUUUUGCCCACCAUCCAGAAGCUGAUGAAAGGGUACAACCGCUACUUGAGGCCCAACUUCAAUGAAGGUCCUGUGGAGAUCGGGAUGAGUCUGGACAUUGCUAGCAUAGAUGCCAUUUCUGAAAUUAACAUGGACUACACAGCGACCAUCUUCUUGCGACAACGCUGGACGGACUCCCGGCUGGUGUUUCCUGGGAAUGAGAGUGUGAGCAUGGAUGGGCGGCUGGUCUCUCUGCUCUGGAUCCCCGACACUUUCAUCCCAGACUCCAAACGAUCUUUCCUGCAUGACGUCACCGUGGAGAACAGGCUCAUCCGUAUUUUCAGCAACGGCACGGUGCUCUAUGCGCUCCGCAUCACAGCCACCAUCGCCUGUAACAUGGACCUCACCAAGUACCCGAUGGACAGACAAGUGUGCUCCCUGCAGCUCGAGAGCUGGGGAUAUAACGUGCAAGAUGUGGUGUUUUACUGGACGCGUGGGAAUGACUCUGUCCGUGGCCUGGACACGCUCCGUUUGGCCCAAUACAGCGUGGAGAGCUACUACACCUCUGUGUCACAAGCUGUCUACGAGACAGGUUUGUAUCCAAGGUUGGUACUACAUUUCUCCCUGCGCAGGAAUGUGCUUUUCUUCAUUCUGGAGACCUAUGUGCCAUCCACCCUCCUGGUGGUGCUGUCCUGGGUGUCAUUCUGGAUCAGUCAGUCCUCGGUCCCAGCUCGCACCUGCAUUGGUGUAACCACAGUCCUCACCAUGACUACUCUGAUGAUGGGUUCCCGAACAUCCCUGCCCAAUGCUAACUGCUUCAUCAAGGCCAUUGAUGUCUAUUUGGGCAUCUGCUUCACUUUCAUCUUCGGGGCGUUGUUGGAGUAUGCCUGUGCUCACUUUUGUACAUUGCAGCAUCAGACUAUCAGUGACGUGCAAAGAGAUCUUCAGAGGGAGUUUGAUGAAUCUAACACUAAUGGUGCCAUACCAUUGGUUACCUCCAGCCAUCCCAGUAAGCUGAUGGAACAAAGCCCCAAGCAAGAAGGUGUCAGAAGCCAGUCCAUUUCGAGUAGAGAAGAGCAGGGAGGAACACAGCCGCUUAAAGGUUGCAGUCUGUCUUCAAUAAAAGAUAUCUCACGCAAAGCAAAAUCCAUAUUUAGCGUUGAGAAUCCUCACAACAUUGACCGGUAUGCCCGCACUGUCUUUCCGCUCUCUUUCUUCUUUGUUAAUGUGCUGUAUUGGCUUUAUUACCUGUUCAUCUAA